CUAUAUGUGUAUAUAUAGAGAGAGAGGGGAUGGCAUAAAAAAGGGUUACGUGUAUAUAAUAAGUUUGUGUGUGGUGACAUAUAUCAGUGUUGUUGACUAUAGUGUGUGUGAGAGUGAGGUCAUGGCCGAGUCCGAUAACGAUUCCGGAGGUCAAGCCGGAAACACGAGUGGAGGCAAUGAAUUCUCGGGGUGUAGAGAGCAAGACAGGUUCCUUCCGAUAGCAAACGUGAGCAGGAUCAUGAAGAAGGCGUUGCCGGGGAACGCGAAGAUCUCGAAAGAGGCGAAGGAAACCGUGCAAGAGUGUGUGUCGGAGUUCAUCAGCUUCAUAACAGGUGAAGCAUCUGAUAAGUGUCAGAAGGAGAAGAGAAAAACUAUCAACGGUGAUGACCUACUGUGGGCCAUGACUACACUGGGGUUUGAGGAGUAUGUGGAGCCUCUCAAGAUUUACCUGCACAAGUAUCGGGAGAUGGAGGGGGAGAAAACUGCUAUGAUGGGAAGGCCACAGGGUGGUGGUGGUGGUGGAGGUAGUGGUGGCGGUGAUCAGAGGGAUGAGGCUUAUAUCCAUGGCCAUGCUCAUGGAGGUAUGGUGCCAAACUCUAUGAUGGCGAUGAUGGGGCAUCAGGGACACGUGUAUGGAUCUGGGAGUGCGGGAUCAGCAUCUUCUGCAAGAACUAGAUAGUAGCAGGUUUAUGCAUGUGUCUGUUUAAGCUUAAUUGAUUUUAUAAGAUGAUUAUCAUUAUUUAAAUUCGUAUAUGUUUGGUUUUAGAAGCAGCUCCAUCUUGUAAUUGCUUGUUGAAAUUUCGUCGUUGAGAAUAUAGACAUUAUAUAUCAUGGA